CUAGUGUGCUAUAUAGCUUCAAAUCGUAAUCGACUUGUCUCCGUGGAGCGCCGCAGGACAAAACAAAACUGAGGAAUUACGUAUCCGUGAUUCAGGUGUGUGACCGAAACUCGCGUUGUCAGUUUUAAUUUAUAAUAUAUUCAAGACUUUUGAGCAUCUGAAAAUCAGAAAAAUGGUUUCCGGGGGUAUGGCGUGUGUCAAGUACCUUUUAUUCGUUUUCAACCUGAUAUUUGCGAUAACUGGUAUCGUACUCAUUUCAUUUGGAGCUGUCAUUUUGGUAGUUUACAAUGAAUACAGCAAUUUUGUCGAUAGCUGGUUAUUUGCUGCACCAGUUUUAAUGAUUAUUGUCGGCGUGAUAGUCUUCCUUGUAUCGUUCUUCGGAUGCUGUGGAGCAGUGAAAGAAAAUCACUGCAUGAUCAUUACGUUCUCGGUUUUACUGCUGUUGAUAUUUGCCCUGGAAUUGGGUGCCGGAAUCUCUGGAUACAUAAUGCGUGGAGAAGUGGGCACCAUGCUGGAAAAUCACAUGAAUAGAACAAUGCCACAAUAUUCUCAAAGUGACAUUGGAAAGUCGUGGGAUAUUAUGCAACAUGAUCUCGACUGCUGUGGCAUGAAUGGCCCUUCCGAUUGGUCCAAGGCCGGAUUCAAAGACAAUACUUUGCCGAUAACUUGUUGUCAAAAUGUUCCUUUGAAGACAGACACUACUCAUCAAAGUACAUGCGACAUGAAUUCCAUAACUGUUCGUGAGAAAGGAUGUUUCAAUAAAUUUCGAUCAUUCAUCGAAGACAGAGCUGUUGUCUUAGGAGGUGUUGGCAUAGGAAUCGCUUUGGUUCAGCUGAUUGGAGUAACCUUUGCGUGCUGUUUGGCUCGUUCGAUUCGUCGUGAAUACGAGACAGUCGAAACUACAGCACACUGAUCAGCCACCACUUAGGAGGCAUUAUUAACAUAAUAUUGUCCAUCAUACAUUUAGAUAUUCAUCGCGUUUCUAGAUUUUUCAACGUGCUUACGAAUUUUAUUGACAAAAGAGGAAUUAUGCUCAAAUUUCACAGAUAUUAUUUGGUAAUUCCAAGUUUUUCAAUAAUUACAUUUUCGAUGGGAAUAUAAAAUUUAAGAAUAUUGUAUAAGUUAAAAAUAAUGCAAAAAUAAAAAAACUCAAAAUUACGUUAAUAUUGUAAGAUCGAGGAGAUGAAGAAUUCAAUUACUAAAGUCAAUCAUUAAAUUAAGGAUAUUCGACUAUUAUUUCUGACUAAAAAACUGUUUCUAAAUGCAGGAAAAUAAUUUUAAAAAAAUUUUGUUUAAGAUGUUAAAACGUUAUUUAAACAAAACUUAAUUUCAAUCACAAUUUUUAUAACAAACAAUAAUUGUAACAAAUAAUAUUACUUACAAUUAGUAAUCUAUUUUUGAUUUAAUGGAAUUUUUUUAAACUAAUUUUUCUUGCUUUUUUAAACUGCGUUUGUUCCAGAUUGUGUUAAAUAUGUCUGAUGUCCUUUAAGCAAAACUGCCAAGUUCUGACAAAAAGCAAAGACUGAAAAUUUAUACUAUUUCAUUAUCUUCGAAAUUAUUCUUACUAAAGAUACAAAUUUACAAAUUUUUGUACUUUUUCGUCAUUUUGUUUAAUUUACAAUAAUUUCAAAAAAAAAUUGAAUAGAAAAUGAAUGAUUUCUCUUCGCUACUUGAAAUUAGUAUUUAAAAAUAGUGAAAUUACUAUACAAUUUCGAAAAAUGUCAUUUGAAUUAGUUGCAAAAUAAGUGAUUUGAUCAUCGUUCCUCUUUGUUCGAUCCUCAUUUGGUAAAUUAAAACAAUAAGCUGUUCUUUUAUUUAUUUAUUUUAUUUUAUUUUUUUUAUUUAAUUUUCCUUCAAGUAGAAAAUGUAUAUUAAUAAAAAAUGUAUGCUGACUAUAGUCGCAGCAAACAAGCUUGAGUUUCUUAAAAUAACUGCGCCUGAUCGACGGAGUAUAAAAUGGCUUGUUGCUUCUCUAACUCUAAUGUUCUAGUUUUUAAUGAUAACAAAACAAAAAAAUCCUAGCAACCCAUAAAAUGCCUUCUUACUGGCAGAAUUCACUUUUCUGACAAUUUAUAUGCAGUGUCGUAGUCAAAGUAUGUGUGUAUAAACAGAUUUUGUGAGAUUUCUUAUAUUUCAUGUAAAACGCAUCUGUAUUUCAUUCACAAUCGACAUUGCGACUCCAAUAUCCUUUUUUUCUCUAUAUACAUAUAUUGAUUUUUUAGAAAAUCGAUAAAAUAAUCUUCGAAACGAGUUAUUGAAUCUAUAAUAUAAAAGUACAAAGGUUUAUCCAUUUAUUUUUUUGUGAAUUUGUCCUUUUUUUCUGAUCCUAAAUUAGUAAAAGAAAAAUCGCUAAUUGUUAAUUUGAAGGAUUAUUGAAAGAAAAAGACAUUUUCGACAAAUUCAUAUUUCAUAGAAAAAAAUCUUUUCUCUGUUAAAAUAUUCUUGAAAAAUCGGAAUAAUUUUUCGCUGAAUGUAAAUAGCAAGUAGAAAAGACUUAUUAUUUUUUUGUAAUUGGAGUCUCGACUUAGAAAAUGUAUUCUUUUCUUUAGAUAUUUAAGGAUUUAAGUAAAAAGUCUACUAGACUUUCUAUAUACUUUUUUGAUACUAUCUUUUAAAUUGAGAAAUAUAUUUUCUUAAAAAAGUCCACAAUUUCAAUUUCUUGAGAAAUCGAAAAUUUAUUUGUGAAUUCGAAAGGGAGGGGACCAAUAAAUCGACAUUCUCUAAAAGAAAAAAAAAUGUUUAUGUAUAUUUAUUAUUACUACUAUUGAUAUUAUUUUAUUAGAGUAUAUAAUUGAUGCAUAAUUAUAGUGAAUAAUUAUAAUAUAUAUAUAUUUUAAUAAUUAUUGUUUUGUGUCGAAUAUAUGUAUGUUCGCAAUUUUUGUUAGUAGUUUAAAAUUAUGAUACAUAUUUGCUUUCGUGUUUUUGUAAUUUUUCACAAAUAUAAUUGAUAUCAAAGAAACUAGAUGUAGGAAAAAUAUAAUAUUCUAUCAAUCUGUGUUUUUUGUUGUUAAAAGUCAACGAACAAAGUUGUAAAGCAUUAAUAAGUUAAGUUCGAUUAUAACUUUAAUGUAUUAAAGUUCUAUUUUCGAAAAUGCUUUUUAAGGACAUCAAAAAUGCGAUUUGAGUAAAAUUUUCGGUCGUUUUAAUACUAUUAGUUUUUUUUAAUUAUUAAUGAUUUUUCAGAAAACCUGCCAAAAUACCAUAAAAUAUAUAAAUAAUUAACCAUGAUUAGAAUUUGAAUUUAUGUUUAUUUCAAAAAUUAGACUGAUAAUUUUUAACGAAUUGUUUUACAUGCCCUUAAUGUUUUCUUCUUCAAUUUUUACAAUGUACUUGAAAAAAACACAAAAUAUUCUUCAACGUAAAUAAAUUUUAAUAUUAAAUACGAUUAUUUAAUAAUAAUUAUCGAAUGUAACUUUUACGAAAUAAGUAUUUAAGUGCUGUAACUUUUGAGACGCAAUGUCGAUUUGGGAAUUUAUGCGUGAAAGUUCAGUUUGUACGAAAAUAAUAAAAUAGCUCGAGGACUUGCGUCAAGAGAAGAUAUUAUUUUUAAAUAAUAAUUUAAAAAAUUCUGGUUAAUGGUAGGCCUAAGUCUACAAAAAGUUCUUUAAACAAUUUCAGACUUUUGUAGUCGUACCUAUUAUUUUAAUUAUUGCAAGACCUCGGGCAAAAAAACUGUCGAUUAUAAGGAAAAAAAACUGUUCAAGGGGUUUUUAAAUAAUAAAACCCAAAGCUAAUAAAUAUUUGGAGUGUGCCUAACGCAUAGUAAAGUAUAUAGAUAUAACGACAUAGAAUAGAAAGAAAAAACAAAAUAAAAUGUUCAACCAAGUACGAUUCAAAUGUCUCUUGAGCUAUGAAAAAACUGCUUUAUUCGAAUUUGUAUAGCACACGUCCAAAGUUAGCCCAAUUUUUUUUUUUUUUUUUUUUUUUUUUUAAUAAUUAUUGAGAAUUUCUCUCAUCGGCUCUCGUUAGACUUUUUCUGUUAUAUACUGGAUACGUAGAUAUUACCAGGCCAUUCAAAGACUGAAGAAGAUCGUUGUAAUCAGUAUUAACAACCAUUGGUAUUUUAAAUACGACGUAUAUUUUUAAAUUUAUACUAAAUCUAUUUUGGCUGCCUACAUGGUUUUUUAGUAAAAAGAAAAAAAAAGUGAAAGAAAGAAAAACACACACUGUAAAUGUGUAAAAGUUAUGUAUGAAUCGAAAUUGGUGAAUCGAUAAAACAAAAAGCAUCUUGUCACAUUGACACUACUUGCGUUUUGGCGUUUCGUGAUCCAACAAACUAUCAUUGGCACAUAUUUGUCUAGCAUUUAUGAUUAUAUUAAUAAAUUAAUAAAAAUA